AUGCUCGCUAUCUAUUUCAAGUUUCACAGCACUAGUGCGAAAGCUUUCGACACACUCCAUGCUCUUGGACUGACUAUGAGCUUCAAGUGGACUACUGAGGCCGUUUCGCGAAUGUCCCAGUUGAAGAUGGGCGAGGUCCGAGUGUUGGUCCAAACUGAGCGACAGCCUCAGAAACUCACAUAUGACAACCUCGAGAUUGCAUUUCGCGUGUUCUCAAAAUGCAUCUGUAAUCUUGACGAGUUCAUGAGUGGUACGGCUUGCACAGUCUACUACAACGUUAAUACAACUCCGUUGUCUCCAGGAGUGAACCAGUUACUCAAGGAUAAGCAUGCAGAGGGUCUUGAAAACCCUCUCUCCGGCCUCGACCUAUUUCAAAUGGCCAACAAAUCACAGCUGUACAUUGACACACAUGCCGAGUACUUGAUUCUCGAAUUUCUCCUCCGACAUCCUAACUUUGAGCUUGCCACCUACGAUGGAAAGGAGCACCCCAUAUUAGACCCUCCCUCAUCUGUUCGUCAACUUCCAACUGGUCCUGAACACUUCACGGAACAAUAUCUGCUUGGAACUGUACCCCAGUCAGAGGCUAGCUACGAAGACCAUCUCAAGUUGAUUCCAGAAUGGUUAUCUCAGCUGGGGCUCAAUGAUGAGAACAUGACAAGAGAGAUUGCCGACAACCACCUGUUCUUUUUCAUGGGGGACCAGCUGACAGUUAGCCACCUUUGGGGCCUGUACAAGCAACGGUAA